CGGCACUGUCGGUUCAGUCACGACGUCGGUGAGAAUAUAAUGGGCCAGAGCCGCGCCGACUCUACAAAACACUUCUGGCUGACAGAUGGCUUUUUCUCUCUGGGCCGAUCUCGGCUGAAAGCUGUUGUACGUGCGGCAGGUCCGCACUCGGUGUAGUUGUGUGUAUCUACCAUCGGCCCGAGUUGGUUUUGUCUCCGGCGGCCGCUGCUGGAAUGAAAGCCGCCUGAGAGAGAGAUUUGGCGGUUAAUCCUGAGGAGAUUUCGGCGGGCACAGUUCUCAAGAGGAAUACUUCAGCUGCAAAAAGAAAUUCUGAGCUGCUGCAUGAACAUUCAUCAAACUUAUAAGGCUGCAAUUUGGAAAAAACUUUCAAGCUAAUGCUGCUGAAAUGGAGGUCAAGGGGACUGAAGAGGUGGCUCCAGCAGAUCAGAAGGGAGGACUUCAGGAGGCAGACACACUGUUACAGUAAUCAGCUGAUCCAGCCGUAUCCAGACCAGACGGUGGACCUGCACCCAUGGCCGUAGCCAGGCUUUGAAAAUUAGUGAGACAUAUCACAAAUUGAGUUUCUCUGUGAGCCGUUUGACCCUUGCACACCUAAGAAUGAUGCACAGGUGUGUGCUCCAUCUGGCCCUCCAUGUGCGACAGAAAUGAUAAAUGCCAGCGGUCAACACACAAGUUCUGAAGGCUGGUAUCUGUGUAAGACUGAAAUGGAUCUGCAGCGUCUCCACAACAAUACCUUACAGUCAGAAGAGCAUGUGAUGGUGCUGCUGACAAUGAAGGCAGGCAAUCUCUCUGGAUGGAACAUUAGUGAGUUUGCGUUUCUCAACAACACUGAUCUAUACACUGGACCCCAAAACGACCAGAGACUGUUCUAUUGCUACCUCGCACCAGACAACAGCAAAUGUCCAGAUCUGAACAUAUCCAUGCCAGAAAAAAACACCAGCCCUCCAACACUAGACACCUCCAUUUUAAAAAAAACUACUUCUGCGAACCCAACUGCCUUUUCGCUCAAAACAACUACACUGUCUUUCCAAGCAACAGCUUCUACAGAUGAGCUGAAGUGUCAACCAACCAGCAGCAGUUUCCUCUUUUACUACCAGGAGAACAAUGAAACAGCAAGAUCUGCCGCAUUACCAGUGACCCAAACAAGAAAAGAUGGCCGGUGGUGUAUGAUUACUUCUGUGUGGUUGGCUCUGGUCCUGACUGUGAUUGUGGUAACCCUAUUGAGUGUGGGCAACCUGAUCUUUAAGAGCAGAAAACGAAAGUCCCGUUUGGUUGCAUCUGUGCCAGUUUCAGUCUGUGGACAUCAGCUCAAAGAGCGCAGUAAAGAAAAAGAAAAUUUAAUGAGUGCUGUCCCUGAUGUGUCCAUAGCAAUGUGCAGCAUAAGUGAUGGUGACGUAUUCUCUGAGAAAUCUUCUAUGGGGAACAGAACAGAAGAAAACCUUCUGAAGGUAGCUGACCUCACAUACAAGAGAAGUUUGUCACCAAUCUAUGAGAUGACAGAGACCUCACUAGAUGAAUUAAAGCAAAAUGAAGAUGAGGAAGAUGAGCAAUGUAAUGCCUCGGUAACAAAGGAAGAGUUAAAAAAAACACAUCAGCUCCAACAUCUGGCAGCACAGGGCCACUGUGAACCACCAACUUACCUGCAUCAUCGAAGCAACUUUUCAUGUUCUGGUUAUGAAGAAGAUGGGGAGCUUUAACCCUUUAAAUCUAAGAGAGCAGAGUCACUUUAUUAAACAGAAAAUGUAUUUAUUAUUUACAACAUGACGUAAGUGUAAGGAGUUCUAGAACUGAUACUGAAUUAAACAAGUAUCCUGUUCUACAACCCUAUCGCUUGGACACAACCAUAGUGACCAAGCAAUGGAUCAGUCAGGAAUUAUAAGGAGAGAACAGUUGUCAGUGGCCACCACCUGCAAAACCAUUCCCUUUAUGGGGGUCAUCUUGCAGUGCACCUGUUGUCACUUUCAUUUGCACCAAAGCAUGUAAAACUGAUUCAUAAUCACUUAUGCUUCCUAACUGGAAAGAUUAAUAUCCCUGAUGUUUAAACAUUUUGCACACACCAAACUUAUAUAAGUUCAUCUUUUGUGCACUCAUCUUCCAGAUUUCCAUAUAUACACUGCCCAACAUUAUUGACAGGCAGAGACUAAGAGCGCCUCAACUGUAAUCAUUUCUAAAAGUUGUUGUUGGAUUACGUGUUUGUGUGUGUAUUUAAAAGCUGUUUUUGUAGGUUUCUUCCACAGAUCUUAACUACAGGAAUAUGCAUCACAAUAUGGUGUUAUGUCACACACAGUCUCAAGAAAAUCUGUUUGCCCAAUGAUGAAAAAAAAAAAAAAAAUGAGAGGGACCAUUCCUAUGACUGGGCUGAAAACAAACCAUAGUGCAUGGUUCUCCAACAUCCAUUUAGCAAGCAGCAUGGCAACACUAAUGUGAUUUCUUAAUUAUAUAACACCGGUCUUAAGCUCCU